ACUCGCGCGUGUUGUCGGAACUCGAGGUAAUCAGGAAGGAGGAAGAGAAACGAUGGAUGAGGAGUGGAACUGCGGACAGUGCGACCUUCUCAACGCGUCGACGCUGUCUAGCUGUGCCGUGUGUAAGGCUCCCCGUACGAGGUCGAGCGACCCGGUUUCUCACCUCGCACUCACCUCGCUCACCUUGUCCGAGGGAACGACGCUCAUUCGCGACUCGCGAGCUCACCAGACGUUCGACACGUCGAAGCCGCUGCUUCUCGACGACUUCAUCUGUCCGCCGAGCGGCGCGUCGACGUCCCGCAAGCAGAACAAGAGUCGCUACAAGCUCUCGAAUUCUCUUUCGACUUCGCUUUCGGCGUCGGCGCAGUGCAAAUGGACGUGUUUGUCGUGCACGUACGACAACUGGCCGAACGCGAGCCGCUGCACUAUGUGUAAGGCGCCUCGUCGUCCGCUGUCGGUCAAGACGAGACGUGCACAGCAACAGCAAAACCACAAUGGGGGGAAUGGCGGCGGAGGCGGCAGCGGCGGCGGAGGCGGCAGCGGCGGCGGAGGCGGCAGCGGCAGCGCGUCGAACACGGCCUUGUUGGGCGGUUCGAACGUCGGCGGCGGUCGAGGCGGUCUGCCGGUCGUCGAGCAGUCAGGUUGGGCUGCUGGUCGAGCUUCCGCCGUUUCUCGGAGCGGCGCGAGAGGUAAGGCGCUCGCUCACAAUCGUUCGUCGGGCAGUCCGACGAGGAAAUGGGUGUGCAAGACGUGUACGUACGAAAACUGGCCGAAGACUGUGCGUUGUACGAUUUGUCGGGCCGUCCGCUCGCCCAUUCAAUCGCCUCUUGUGGAGGAUUAUCCGGGUGAUCGAGUGUUGUCGAGCGAUCGGGUUCAGCGCAGAAAUUCGUUUCGGUGUUCGCCCGCGUCGUCGCCGAUCGAGCGCUGCUCGGUGACGCUGAGCGAAUGGGAGACGAGUCGGAGUGAGCGUAAUGAGAGAGAACACGGUCAUCAAGUGAGAAAUCGUAUGAAUCGGACGGACUGGCUGUUUCUAAAGGCUUGCCAAGGGGUGGUUAAUAACGAGAUUAAACCGGUGAUGGCAUAUGUCAGCAAUGGUGGUCACUUGGCUCGUCAGUUGACUGACGACGACUUGGUUGUUCUCGGUUGUCCGUCGGCAUAUGAAGCUGGACACACACUUGUGCAUUUGGCUUUGCGUUUCAAACGGGAAGAAGUUCUGUCUGCUAUGUUGACGCCGGCACUCACCGACGCUCACAAGCGAUUGCCGAACCAUGCGAAUGAGGAGCUGGCUACGACUGUACGGAAAUACAUGGCAAACAGUUUACAACAGAGGAAGGGAGACUGGCCGUGCUACUUCAUAGUUGAAAGCACCGUGUUUUCGUUACCAUCAGAAGUUAAAAGUUUGUCUAAGGCGGCGCAACAGCAGCUGUUGGACGACAUAGUCGACAAGAACGUACAGCAAGUUUUAGAGGACGAUUCUCCUGUAAUUAACUGGUCGCGUGAGUUGGUGUGCGAUUAUGGCAGUCGACUGUAUCCUCUCUGGAACAGAACAGCCGGAGAUUGUCUACUCGAUUCGGUUCUUCAGGCGACAUGGAGUGUAUUUGAUCGAGAGGGAGCACUGAGAUCGGCACUGUAUACCUGUUUGAGUGAAGGAGCAUCAAAGUUCUAUGCUCGAUGGCGUGAAUGGGAGACACUGCAAGCCAGUGCGUUGAACUACUCGGUUCCCGAUUAUCAGUGGGAGCAAGACUGGGACAACCUGGUAAUGUGUGCCAGUCAACCCGGGAGAGCAUUAGAACAGAUGCACGUCUUUGUUCUGGCUCACAUUUUACGAAGACCGAUCAUUGUAUAUGGUGUAAAGUAUGUAAAAAGUUUUCGAGGAGAAACACUCGACUUGGCCAAGUUCCAAGGUAUAUAUCUUCCUCUUCUUUGGGAAGCCAGUUUCUGUUACAAGAGUCCUGUUGCUCUGGCAUAUACACGUGGUCACUUCUCAGCUCUUAUCGCCAUUGAUGGUGGCUGCAGCGAGAAUGCAGUAGCAGAGGCAUCAAAUAUAGAAAGCAGACAUUCUGCAUCCCAUGCUCACUGGCUACCAUUAGUAGAUCAUGAAGGCAGUCUUCUACCCGUUCAUUUCUUGACUAAACCAGAGCUUGGAAAUGAGGACCACUUGUUACGAGAGUCAUUGAUCUGCGACUUUACUCUUGGGGGUAUAUUGGUUGCCAAACAGAAGUGUAGUGUUCAGGUUCAUCUUGUGUCUCAGUUAGUUGACGAUUGGCUUGACAAAUACCGAAAACUGAGUUCGUUUGAGACAGAGUCACUAUAAUGAAAGCUGCUGGCAUUAAGGCCUUCAUGUCCACGUUUGUUGAGUUACUGUGGACUGUUAAACUGUAUGUAAUGUGUCUAUUGGUUCUGUCUAUUUGUUGCACAUUUGCUGUUCAGAAGAAAAAUAUUUAUUGAAAGAUUUUUGCGAAUUUCUGUACGA